CAGCUGCCGAAGAGCCGACCACCAGCCAUGAAUAUCCAAGUCACUUAGCGAGCAGAAAGUGUCUCCGUGCCAUACAAGAAGUAGGUUAAUGUUCAUUCUCCAAGACUGCGCGACAAAACGAAGGCUGCCAGAAUGGAGGGAGCUGUCAAACUCUGUCUUUUGUCCGUCAUUUUCUUUGCGUCGCAGAUAAACUGCCAAGAGGCUAUCCUGCACAUUUCAAAUGGAGAUUCGUAUAGGGAGUACUGCAUUGUUCACAAUCACUCCUGGACACCCCUUUCAGAAACUCUUGAUGAUGCCGCACAGUAUCCCUUGGUGAAUUUGACCUCCACUCUGCUGUGUAACGCCUCAGGGAUCAGUCCAGAUUUGGUAAAGGGUAAAGCGUUGGUGGUGAUGAGAGGGGACUGUGACUUCAGCCAGAAAGCUCUAGUUGCUCAGAGCCUUGGAGCUAAAACUUUGCUCAUUGCCAGCAACAAGUCAUUGAUCACUCCAUCAGCCAAUGACUCAGAGUACGCCAAGGUCAAUAUUUCCCUGGCUCUCAUGAGGUACAGGGACUUCCUGGAAGCACGGCAGGUGUUUGGUGAAGGGAUGCAGGUGAAGCUAUACGCUCCACCUUACUCAAAGAUUGAUCCAAGCAUUGUGGUCAUCCUGCUGAUUGCUAUUGUCACAGUCACGUUGGGCGGCUACUGGAGCGGAGCGUGUGAGAGGGACCGCUUGAAUAAUGGUGUACCAGCGACAGAAGGGGGAGAAGGCAAAGGAGACAGUGGACAGCUUUUCCUGUACUCUCCUCUCAAAGUGGUUAUCUUUGUCGCUAUGAUGUGUGGGAUGCUGGUCCUAAUGUACUUCUUCUACUACAUCCUUGUUUACAUCAUUAUCGCCAUAUUCUGCCUGGCAUCUGCAUCUGCACUGUUCAGCUGUUUUGAUGCAGUGUUUGAAAAAAUUGGUUGUGGCACUCUAAGCUUCUCGGUCCGAAACUGGAAUUUCUCUGUGAGGUCUAUCCUGCUGGCUGCUGUGUGCAUCACUAUCACCGUGAUCUGGGGAGUGUACAGAAAUGAGGACAGGUGGAUCUGGAUCUUGCAGGACCUACUUGGCAUUGCUUUCUGCCUCAACUUCAUGAAGACGAUUUCAGUGUCCAAUUUCAAGAUCUGUGUGAUUCUUCUGAGUCUCCUGCUUGUGUAUGAUGUCUUCUUUGUUUUCAUCACUCCCUUCUUCACCAAGAAUGGUGUUAGUAUUAUGGUGCAGGUUGCCUUGGGCCCGGAUGCAUCUGGAGAGAAGACACAAGGUAACAUGGUGGAGGUCCCUGCUGAACCCCAGGCUCCCUCUGAGAAACUACCAGUGGUGAUGCGUGUCCCACGGUUCUCAGCUUGGGCUCAGAACCUGUGUGGGAUGCAGUUCUCCAUUCUGGGUUAUGGGGAUAUCAUUGUUCCAGGUCUCCUGGUGGCCUACUGCAGCAGGUUUGAUGUUUGGAUUAAGAGCAGCAAGAAGAUCUACUUUGUCAGCUGCUGCAUAGCCUAUCUGCUGGGAAUGUUACUGACAUUUACUGUGAUGCUGCUGUCAGGGAUGGGACAGCCUGCUCUUCUCUACUUAGUGCCCUUUACCCUGAUAACCUCUGCUGUGGUGGCAGGGUGCAGGGGAGAGAUGAGGAUGUUCUGGGCAGGAACCUCCUAUGAGGUCUUGGACUCAUCCAGAGAGCCUUUGCUGCCAGAGGGAAGAACUGACCGCUCCGUAGACGCUGAGAGAUGCUGAUGUACAGUCCUGAGGAUGGAUCCAACUGCUGGAUGCUUUUUUUUUUUUAAAUGACAUUUUAUUACUACAUUUGCGACGCAAGGGAAUACGUGUUAUUGAUCCUAAAGUGAUGUGGUUUAAUUUUGAUUGAAGAGUUUGUAGGUGGGUCAGAGAUGUUUAAACAGUUUAAAAAAAAAAAAAAAAAAAACGUGUUUAGUGCCUGAAAGAUCUGUUAGGUUUACUCUCAGAAAACUGUAACAACUUUGCCUUGGUGAUGUUUGCAUAUAACAAAAUGAAGAACGCACUUUAUAAUAUUCAGCUUGACACUUGGUUGAUCGGGGGAGGGUCAGGGGGUUUUAAAUUACUUGUACCUACAUUAUAAGUUUUGAUAACCGGGGUUUCUGUGUAAUCUGUUUGUACGAUGUGAUUUCUUUCAUUGCCUUUCUGAAAUGAAGAGCUUCUGUAUAAUGUUCUUGUA